UCAGUGCGGUUUUGGAGUUCGUAGCGUCUGGUCGUAAUCGUGAAGCAGUCUAAAAAAGCACCACUAACAGCAACUCGCCCAUAGGCUUGCGUGUGUUUGUGUUUGUGUCGGUGUAUGUGUGCCCAACUGUAGCAGUGUGUCUUACUGUGUGCAAGUGCCAGGAUCUACGUUAACACAACAAAUAAAAAUAAAAAAAAAAAAAACGAAACACAAAAUCCUAGCAAAACGUCCACUUUUUACACAUCGGUCUCCAGCUCCAUUGGGAGUUCUAGUUGGCAGCCAUGUCAGUAAAGACAGUUAAGGAUAAACCGUGGCUGGUGCUUGUUGGCCUAUUGGCCGCAUUGAGUUCACUGCAGCAUUGCUGUGAUGCCGCCUACCCAUAUUACGGAACAAAGAUUGGCUCUCUGACACGACUGCAUCAUGGCGUUUCCGGCGACGUGUAUGCCGUAGACUCCCGUACCAUAUUCAUCAAGAAGUUCAACUAUGAUGGCGAAGCGCCCGCCGCUUAUUUUUAUGUAGGCAACACCGCGCGACCAAGCAACGAGGGUGCCGCUCGCCUAAGAGACGAGCGAGGAGGUACCGCUGCACUGACGCGUCGCUAUCGCAACAAGGACAUUACCCUGUCAUUGCCGGAAGGCAAGACGCUCCGAGACGUCAAAUGGUUUUCGGUGUGGUGCGAUGAGUUUGCUGUCAACUUCGGCGAUGUCGCAAUACCGAGCACUUUGGAUUUUCCACGUCCGCAAAAGAUCAGCGCGCUGAGAGGUGUACACGGAGUGUCCUCCGAUAAUAUUGUCAUUGUGGAUGCACAGACGCUCUUGGUACCCAACUUUAGCUACGACGGGGAGGCGCCAGACGCCAAGUUCUGGGUAGGUCGUGGGCAGCGUCCCUCCGCCGAGGGUCUCCGCAUACCUGAUGAGAACGGAAAAGAGAAUCCCCUGCGUCGCUAUGAUCGAAAGACAAUAGUUUUAACGCUGCCCGAAGAUCUGACCAUCUUCGAUAUAGGACACUUUGGCGUCUGGUGUGAGGCAUUCACCGUUGACUUUGGCCAUGUGCGCCUACCGGAGGGUCUCAAUGUGCCGCCCUCGCUGAAAAUGCUGGGCAUCAGUCCUCAGUCCAAACUCAACUGUGAGGUGCUCUACGAUGAUCUGGCCUUUGAAGUCCGCUGGGCAGUGGCCGGUGAGAGCAUCGUUGUACAACUGGUUGCCAAAUUGGAACCCAACAAUUAUAUGUCCUUUGGCAUCUCACCGAACAAGAACAUAAGCCAAAUGAUUGGAGCCGAUGCCGCUGUAGCCUGGGUGGAUCCCGAGACAGGUAAUGGCUUUGCCCAGGAUUAUUUCCUGGAGGGCAAGGCUCAGUGUUCAGGUGGUCGUGGCGCGUGCCCGGACGUCAAGAUACAACAAAACACCAACUCCAUACGACUGCUCAAUGCGGCAAUGGUAAAUGGUUACUCAAUCGUCACAUAUCAGCGCUCGCUGGCCUCCACUGAUAGUUUGGAUUUGCCCAUCUCAGUGAGCGAUGCAGAGUCCGUUGUCUGGGCAAUCGGACCCUUGAAUGACUACAAGGAAGUUUCUUUCCACACCUAUUAUAAUAAGCAUUUGCAUCAGAUAGAGUUUGGUCGUCAGCCCAAAUGGAAUUGCCCCUUACCAGAAGGAGCCAAGCCGGGCAGCAGCUCAGACGAGCAGGAGGAAGAAGUUACUCAAAUUAGCUCUACUGGCGGUGCGGGAUAUCCGCCUGCAGGUCGUCCCAACAUUGAGCCCGAUGAAGAGUUUUAUGAGAAUCGCCCUCAGGCCUUACAACGUACCACACCUGCACACGCUCCACAAAGACACCAGGAGACGGCUGUGUUAACGCAACGUCGUCCCGUUCCUACACCUAAGCCGGUCAACAGCAAUGGCGCCUGGGAUAUUCCGGCUAUACAAUGCCAUGAGCCCGAAGAUGGUGUCUUCUAUGCUCAAAUGGGCCCGACUGGAGGAAAGCAUGGUUAUCCUGCCAUUACCGGCCACGUGGGCUGGGGCAUAUCCUGGUACAUUAAUGGUUUGCUAAUUCCCGAGAUUCACGUGGUGAGAGGGAAGACUUACACUUUUGUUGUGGAGGGUGGCAACAAUCCGGACAUACCCGCCAAGUAUCACCCAUUCUAUAUUAGUGAUGACCCUGUCGGAGGCUAUGAGCACAAGCGUGAGGAGGAAAAAAAGGCCGUACGCAUCUUCGCUGGUGUUCAUCGCUCUAGGUCCGGCCAGGUUACGCCUACUGGCGUGGGACGUUUAUGCAACUGGACGCCAGAUGUGGACGGACCUCCAGCAGAUGAUUAUCAAUCUUUCGGUGCGUACCAGCGCACAUUGACACUCAAGUGCGAUGUCGGCGAGCCGGGAGUGAUCAGCUGGAAACCGGAUAGGAAUACGCCAGACACUGUUUUCUAUCAUUGCUUCACUCAUCGUUAUCUGGGGUGGAAGAUACACGUGCACGACUCGUGUGAUAGCACUGGUGAUGGUAUUGGCGCCGCCUCAGAGCGGCACGAGUUACGCGAGCCGGCACCCGUCCGGGAAGACUAUGCCGCCGAGUCAUCUAUUCGCCACGAAACCAAGAUGGCAUCCGCGCUGCUGAGGCUCUCGAGGAGAGCCUACUAAGGAACCAAUCGAUCGUCGCCGCACCACCGACACACUUAAGAGAUAACAGCAACAACGGCAACAUUAACGACAAUAUUGG